GGGGUUGUUUAAGUAUCCUGCACGUGUGGUUUUAGUUUAAAAGUUUCUAACUAAAGCAGAACAAUGGCAGAGUGUUCCUUUUGCGGAGAAACAUGCAGCGAUUAUUCCACUCUUGCCAACAAUUAUCUUUACCGAAGUGUCGUGCAGAAACACUUUGGAUUCGAGGACCGGUUGGAUCAAUUAUCAAUGUGUUCACUGUGCUGGCGGAAAGUUCACGAUUUCGACGUCUUCUACAACGAAGUGAAACAACGUGAAUGUAUUCGACAGAUAAUGAGCCGAUCUCCACUUCCACUUGCCGCUGAAUUGCUCCAAGAUGAACUCGUGGUUGAAAUGGAUGGAAAAGAUGCAGAUGACGGUGGUCCUCAGAAUAUGCCACCUCAUAAAGACGGCAGCGAAGAGCAACCACUGGCAGCGGAGGCAUUGCACGCAAAGCCAAAGAAACAUCGUCGCCGCAGAAUGACCCUUCGUAGUGCAGCAGGCAAUACUUCUGUAGAAUAUGAACGGAAUUCUACAUCUCCUGAAACGAUCACAACACGACCUGCUGCCGCGAGUAUUCGUGCGAAGGAUGUGGCUGAACAUUUCUCCCUGCGAUGUCGCGUAUGUGAUCGCGACUUUGAUAAAUUCAAAAGUUUGCAGGAACACUCCUCUACGAUGCACGAUGUCCCUGCAUACCUUGAGUGUUGUGAUAGACAGUUCAACAAUAUCACCACAAUCCGCGAGCACAUCCUUUUCCACCGCGAUCCAACGGCUUUCCGGUGUAACGAGUGCAAGAGAAUGUUCUCAUGCAUCCGCUACCUUAACCAGCACAAAUGCCGUACAUCGGGAAAGAAGUGGGAUCUUUGUGAAAAAGAUAAAAAACAACAAACCAUCGGUUAA